AUGAAGACUUUUCUUCCACUUAAAAGGUCGUAUGCAGGUAGUCUAGAAGGCAAGCUACCACAAAAAGAUGGCCCUCAAGUUACAAGAAGCCAGAGCAAAUCUGAAAAAGUUCAGGUUUAUGAUUACUACACUCAGAAUGACAAAAGUGAAUUAGCAGAUUGCUGUAGAACAAGUAAAGCUUCUUUACCACCGAAGAAGAUCAAGGAGAGCUCCCCUGAGGUAGUUCUAGCUACCAAAAUUUCGCUUUGUGGUACGGAAACAUGCGACUCUACUGAAUUAUAAUCCUAGCUGAGCAUGCUAAGACCAAGGCAAUUCUUGAGCAGAAAGUUGAUAUUCAAAAUAUAGAGAUUUCAGAGCUCAAAGCUAGACUUCAAAAAGACAAGGAUUGAUAUGAAGCAAUGCUAGAGGCUCUCCGCACUGAAUCCAAGCCGAAGGCUUAUCAAAACUUAAAUGCGAUCAAAAGAAUCCAUGAGCAGCAAGUAGAAUCUAUGCAGGCCAAUUUCAGGAUCUCAAGGAAGAAGAUGGAGACAUCUCUUGGUGAAAUGAGAGAAAAGAACACCCAGCUUGAAUUUGAGGUGAGAGACGUUAGAAGCCACUUUGAAAAACUACAGCUCAAGUACGACUUUAAACUUAAGGAGGAAGAAUAUUUGAGAAGAGAGUGAGACCUUAAGUAUAAGGAUCUUGAAAUGGGUAAAAAUAAUAUCAUUUCAAAGUUAAGACAAGAUUUAGAGGAAGCCACCAGAAAUGCUGAACGGGAGGUGAAUUCACUACGUAAAAAAUAUCAAACUGAAAUUGAAGAGCUAAAGGAGUUCUACGAGAAAGCACUUGCAGAUAUUCGAUUGAUGUACGAGAAGGAGAGAGGUAACCAGGAUGCAAAACUUCAAUUCUACGAGUCUGAGCUCUUUUCACAUAGAGAGCUUACUCUUAGCCAAGGUCAGUCUGAUGUAGAGGGGUCUAACCCUGACGAGUCGGUUAUGAGUCACUUCUCUCUCAAGUUCUCUGAACUGAAUGACAAAUGAUUGGAGAUAAGGAACCAAGCUAAUGAUGAAAUAUUUGUACUCAAGAAGACAGUGGAGGAAGGGGUCCAGAAGAUCAGAAAACUUGAAAAAUUAGUAAUCCAAUCCAAGAAAGAGACGGAUCAGAUCACUCUUGAGAAAGAUAAGGAACUUAAGUCCUUGGAAAACAAGUUGGCAGAUGCCCAGAAAAGGAGGCAAAUGGAAGACAGGAAAUCUCAGCUAAUUUUGAAAAAGAAGAUUUCUGCUCUUAAAUGUAACCUCUCCAAGAUGAAAGCCAGCAAGAGAAAGACUGAAGAUAAGCUCAGCAAGGUUCAAGUGGAGCUAGAGACAGAACGCAUCUUAAAGAGAAAGAAGAUGAAGAAAGAUAGACGGGAGAAUUCUAAAGUUAAUGAGAUGACUUCAAAACUCACCAGAAAUAUUGAGUAUCUUCAAAAUAAAAAUAAAAUUCUGGAAAGAGAGAAAAAGGAUUUGGAGGACAAAAUUUUAAAACAGAAGGUGUAUAAGAAGGUCUCUAAGAUCAAGGAAAGGAAGAAAAGCUGAAAGAAAGAAGAUAGUAUGGAGGUAUUUCAAUCUAAUAAAAGCCCGAUGAUAAAGCAACUCUCUCUGAACCAUUCACAAAGCAACGAUUUAUUAAUUUCAAAAAAUCGGCUGAAUGGUAAAUUACACCAUUCACGUAAAGCAACGAGAGAGCUGAGUGUGAACUCUAAGAGUAGCAUUCCUCAGCUAAAUUUGAGUGGAAUCACUCCUGCAUCUCCAGAUUCAUCACACAGGUUAUUAUUCUCUAACAGGAGCAACAAACAUGUGAAUGUGACAAAUACUUCAACAACAAAUGUUUCAUUAUGUAACAGUAUUGCAGGUAUAAAACCAAAGUUAUCCCAUGGAAGUAAAAAGAAAGAAGGAACUAGAUACUGCGCUGCUUGAAAAUUUAAAGAAUGGAAAAAGAACCAACUAAACUAUGACCUCGAGCUGUUGAUCAAAAAUAGGGAUAUGAUCAGGGAUGUCCAUUGCCUUGGAUGCGAUCGAAAAUUUGAAGUUAAAACUUUUCUCAGCCAUGCUACCAAUUGAAGGUUAACUUAUAACAUCCCAUCAAUGCUUCCAAGAAAUGAAGUUGUGAUAAAGGUUAUCACAGAGAAUCAAACUUAUUAUAAGAUCCAGAAGAAAUCAAGAAGUAGGUCUCGGAGGGCUAACCGAUCGAUUACGACUGCCACCAAGAACACUAAUGAAGCUAAUCUACUCGAUUCCAAGGAUUACAAUCUGCUUGCCAUGAGUAAUAAUAAUCCGAUGUCUCUUUUUGGCAAACUUAGAAGUCCCAAUAGUCCAAAGUCUUCUAAGGACUUUAUCUCAGAUAAGUCAAAGAUUCAGAAACUUAGAUUCUCAAGCAAAGGCAGCCUUGAGAGGAAGCAUACUGAUCUAACCGGGAGCUAUGCCAAAUUUAGUGAUGAUAACUCCUAUUUCAAGAAAAAGAAGAUCAAGAAUAUGAGGUACAUGCAAAGCAAGGAAGAAGACUCUGAAGACCUUGAUAUUCCAAAUGAAAAUAUUAAGGAGCUAAGUAGCGUUAGCGUGUCUCAGGAUCAAGAUGACUCUUGAUCACUUGACAACUACCAGAUCUUGCCUAGGAAUAUUCAAGGAGUUAGACAAAGUGAUAAGAACUUUAUUAGUAUUCCUCAAAAGAAUAGGAAUAGUAUGGUGCAGUUUAGAGAGAACAGAGUUUGGAAUAACAAUGCCUUCAGUCCGGGAGGCAAGUUCAACUCUCCUCUCGUCAAGCAACUGUAUCUGACCAAUUUUGAAAAUGAAGUAGAACAAGCUGAGUUUAAGAUGGAAGCGAUGUCUGAAUUUUAGCUUUUAAGGUGAAUUAUUUGGUUUUUCAAUUA